AUGACUCCGCCAAUGGCACCACGCAGCCAUGGAGGGUGCCGGAAUGAGUUCGAUGGAAGGCAAGCCUCCGGACGACAUCAAUAAGUGGAAUAACAAAGGCCGGGGUUAGGACGGUUGGGUUCGACUCCCCUCCAAUCCAACCUAGCAAAGACAAUGCCUGGCCGACGCGUCCUUUUUAUACCGCUCCGUUUGGUGCCGGCUGGGCGUCUACCAUGCUGUUUCCCACCUUGUGCAUUGCCGCUAGCCACAGUUAUGACGGUCUUGCCGUAGGCGAGCUGCUUUGCCUUGAUGCUGUGCCUCUUGUUGCAAAGAGUGCUGUAGUACAUGGUAGAUCGCGAUUGAUCGUCUUUGUGCCGGUUUCGUCUCAGCCAACGAUUCCCACUCUGCUGCAAAGGCGCCAACCGAUGAAAUAUUGUCGUGCGUUCCAUUUCAUUCCGUCAUUUGGCAGUAUCACGUCGAUGUGGGGAAAUGUUUCAGAGACUAAGGCUUACACCCUUUUUCGGGAACGACUGUGUUUUCAACACGAAACGAGUCGAGGUAUUCCCAAAGACCGGACUUGCGGGUUACAAGUUUGGAAGGGUUCGAGCCCAUGGAAGGGCCUGUCGGUUGAAUCGGAAUAUGUUAUCGUUGAUUUAUGGCGACCUCUUCAAUCUUGUCGACCUCCCCUCUGUCUCGUUUAGUUCUUCCUAUGUUGACCCGGCUUGCCCUUAGGCUUGGCGACGAACUCCACGCGAUGGGGGGCCAAGUGGGUGACCGUGACGGUUGACUUGGGGUGCUUCCGCGAUCAGCUGUUUCGUGGUUUGUUUAGUCUAUUGUUGUGGUGGAUGAAGCACAACAGCAGGAAGGGAGAGAAGGGGAGGGGAUGUGCAGCUGAUGGUGUUUUUUUGUGUGAUUACAUUCCGCUGAGCUUGGCACAAUCAUCAUAACCCCGUGAAGGUUGACCCUCAAGAGCGUACGACCUUACUGUGGAUGUUCUCGUCGCGUGGUACAAGUUGUACAUGUCUGCGUCGAAGGGUAGUCCAAAUACACUAUGCGACAGAGAGGAAGUGUUGCAGAAUGGUGUAUGCGACAACGUUGAAGAAGGAGAGCUGUCGGAGUAACCCGGAAGGCAGUCCGAGUAGUGGGGUCUUGCUCCUUUCAUGCAAAAUCCAUCUCAUAUCGAGGCCUGCGGCCGCGCGACUAUCCUUGGAGGAAAGAACGAUAAGCAGGACACCAGAAAUUUCUUUAUUUGAUAA